UUUGUAUCAUUUCUUUUCUUUUAAAAUGGUGCGGGAAAAAAUACAUCAUCCGGAAAUGCGAACGACAUACCUCUUAAAACCUGGGCAAACAGUCGAGGAUAUCAGACCAUCUGAAAGAACUCGAGCAUUAAUCAUGACAAAAGGAGCUUUUCAGCGUUUCGUGGAUUAUACUACAGAAGAAGAUAGAAUAACGACACAACAAGAAAAAGAGGCUGCAAAAGUAGCAGCGCUAAAAAAAGCAACUUAUGAAAAAAGUAAAACUUGGGACAGUAAGAUAGAAAAUAUUAAGGCGAGGCAGAGAGAAAAGUUACUAUCCAAAAGACAAAAGGCUGAGGAAGAAAGAAAGAUGUUCGUGAAGGAAAUGGCAGAAAAAAAGGCGGCAGAGAGGGCAAAAGUGGUACAGCAAGCAAGGAAAUUGCUUCAGCAAAAAAAGCCUUUAUGUCGGCGAAUUAACCGCGCUCUUUUCGCAUCCGAGUGUUUCAGAGAAUUGGACGCUCAAGUAAUGUUUCAAAACAUUAUUAAGACGAUGGAUAAAGAACAGGAUAUGGAAUAUGCUAAUUCAAUUAAGACAAACGUCGCGAAAUAUGAGGAACAAAAAAGGCAGGAAGAAGAGGAACAAGCGAGAAAGAUAAAGGAUUACGAAAUGGAAUUGAGAAAACAGAUUGAAGAAAACGAACGAGACAAUAAAUUAAAAUUAAUGAAGGAAUUGGAGACUGAAAAACAGGAUCAAAGGAACAUAAUUCAAAAUAUGCGACUCAUAAAAGAGAAAGAAAUGCAAGACAUAUUAAAUAAAAAGAAAAGACUCCAGCAAUUUUUCAAAGAAGCGAUAGAGGAAAAGAAACGAUUCGAACUGGAAUUGAAGCGCAAUGAAGAAUUUGAGGAUCGAGCAUUGGAGAUUUAUCAAAAAGCUAAAGAUGAAAUACAGAAAAUCCAAAAAUCAAUAACGCUGAAAGAAAAAAAAAAGAAAAUGCGUGAAGCACAAAUUAUAACGGAAAAAUAUGAGCCAAUUAAAAUCGAACAAAUUCGCGAGAUUAAAGAAAAGGAAAUUUUGAAAAAAGCUGUGGAAGAAAAAGAGGCUGCUGAAAUAGAAAAGAAAAAAGCUCACAAAGAACGAGAAGAAACUAUGCGUGCUCUUUUGGAAGAAUAUAAACUUCGUGAUACGGCUGUAAAAACAAAGCAAAAGCAAGAGGAGAAAGACCUAAAAAUUUGGGAGAUGAUGCAAAGAUUUAAGAAAAACGAAUAUGACGAGCAAUUUAAUUUAGAAGAACGAAAGCGACAAUGGCAACAAAAAUUAGACUAUGGAAUUGAAUUGCAGAAAGUUACUGAGGAGAAACAAAUUGAAAAAAAGCGUGAGGAAAUUCUUGAAAUCGAAGCCACAAGCAUGAAAGCUGCGAUCGAGAAAGCCAAUAAAAAAAUUUUAGCUUAUGGAGACGAAGUUUUAAAAGAAUCGAAGGGUGUGAGACCACUUUAUCCAAUUCUUAAAGCUAUAGAAGAAUGUAAAAAGGAGAUGGGAUUAAAUGUCACUAAGAAAUCGAAGAAAUCAGAGCAGAUUGAUCGAAGAGGAAAUAUAAAAUCCUUCCAAAUACUGAGGUUGAAUCUCGAAGGAAAAACGCCAUCUAACGGCAUAUCCUAUGAAGAGAGCAUUCACAGCAUUCAGCCCAUCGAAUCAUUGCUAGAAAACAAUAUUCGUGGACUAGAAAAAUGUGUGAGGCAAAUGGCUGGAUCGGGAAUCGAACCCGAAUCUUUCGUUUUCCGAGCAACUGCUCUAGAUCACUGA